GAGGAACCGGGGGUUCUGAGAGGGACGGACUUUGACAGAACACCGGGUGUCAAUCUGUCGGUCCGCCGCUAGCAGCCAGCAGGGUCCGGGCUUUGCACCGUCCUGAUUCCUUGUGUGGUGUGUGUCGGGAGUUCGGUCGGCUCUCCGCGGUGUGAUGGAACUGGACAGAAUGGAUGAAAAUGACUGGAAAUACCACGGAGAAGGAAACAAGAGCCUGGUGGUCUCCCAUGUUCAGCACUGCAGAGUUUUACGUCUCCUCAAGUAUCCAGCAGAAGACUCCGAGAACCCUCCUCAGACGGCGGAGCAGGCCUUCAGGCAGAUCCAGAACAUCGUGGACUUCACCUCCAAUGUCAUAAGCUGCCUGCUGGGGGAAAAGUUUGUCCACAGUGGGGAAGUGGUCAGACUGCCGCUGGAGUUCGUUCGACAGUUAUCCAUCAAGAUUCAGCAUCAGAGGCCAGCGUGGCGCUGUGAUAAAGUCAUGGACAUCUACAGCGGCUGCGCUCUGUGUCUGCCCAACCUGACGUCUCCGACCCUUCACCAGCCCACGCCGACCCCGCCCCUCUGCAUCGAGAUCAAGCCUAAAUGUGGCUUCCUGCCGUCCCCCAAACACGUCAGCAAGGACAUCAAGACCAGAGUGUGUCGUUACUGCAUGCACCAGCACUACAAGGUGGCCAACGGGAAGUGGAAGAGACGCAGCCUGUACUGUCCCCUGGACCUGUUCUCAGGAAACAAACAGAGAAUGCACUUCGCCAUCAGACACCUGAUAGAAGAACCUCAGAAUAACCUCAAAGUAUUUAAGGGUGGUCAGUGUAUCUACAGCAGUAAGGAGGGUAGUGACGAGUCGCCUGACACAAACUCUCUGCUGCAUCACCUCAGACCUUACUUCCUGCGUGGAAACAACCGCGUCAACGGUCACGUGACCACCAAAGCCGUCCUAAACGACUUCAUACAGGUCUUGGGGAACGCCCUGCUGAGCGCCGCAGGAGGAGAUGGAGGUCAGGUGACCGACAGGACAGGAGAGGGGCGGAGCUUCUGCGAGGCCAGUCUGUUUAACAAGGAGCGGAUUCGCCACGGAUCUCAAGGUUUACCCACCAACAACAUUUUGUCCAGAAUCCUUCAGACUCAAAUGUUGGACUCGUUGGACAUCGAAGGACUUUAUCCUCUGUACUGCCGAGUGGAGCAACACCUGCAGGACUUCCCCAAGGACAGGACCGGCCUCCAGAUAGACGGACCGUACGACCAGAACUUCUUGGAGAAAGUGCAGAAAUGUUUGAUGGAGGACGACGACUCUGUGGAGUACGCUGCUGCUAAGGUCCAUCAGUACCGGAUCGCCAUGACAGCUAAGGACUGCUCCAUCAUGGUUACACUGGUUCCCAGUAGUGAGGAAGAGGACGAUGAUGAAGACCUCUCCUCCCAGAAGCGUCUCAGGGACUUCAGACCUCAGGCCUUCUCCUCCUCCGUCUCCGUCCUGGAUCUAGACCCCAAGCCGCUGGACAGCGUCCCCCGCCAGCUGCGUCUGGACCAGAAGAUCGUCUCCUGUUACCUGAGGACGGGCGGUACCUUGCCCAACAGCUCCCUGCCGCCGCUGCCCAGCAUCCUGGCAGCGGAGAGGGAGGAGCGGGCGCUGCGUUUCCAGGCUGUGUGAACGGACCGGUUCUGAGGUCAACAGAUCACCGCCCAGAGAGCAGUUCGACCGGAACCCAGCACCGGUUCUGUCUUACUUAACCACAAACUCGCAGCUUCACUCUGACCUCUCCUGAAGCUGUUGUCAUAGCAACGGGCUCUGAUGCUCUGAGGUCGUCAUCAUCAAACACUGUCAGCAGGCGUCUGCUGAAACACUUUAAAAGGUCAAAUUAAAGGGUCUGUUGACCCCGACCAGAACCAGCAGAACCUCCUGGGUCGGUUGAUUCUGGUCGGUGUAUCCGGGCUCCAACAGAGCUGGGACAGAACCUCUGAUGUUUCCACUGAUAACAGGAAGGAAUUUACUGUCAGGCAGCAACAGGACAGCCUUUUACUGGGUCCAGCUUCGGGUUGAGCCAGAACCUCCCAGCGACUGAGGAGAGCGGGUUUGGUUCUGUUUGUGCCGUACCGGACCGGACCGCUCACUAGAGCCAGAACAGAUUUCAGUCUGUACGUUAAACAAACAGCAGCAUUCAAAGGUUCUGAUCCGGUCCCUGUUCUUUCCUCUUAUCCGGUUCCUUCCUCUCUCUGUUCUGGUUCUGCAAGUCUUCCAGACGAUUCUUUUGGACUUUGGCUGAUAUUCAGUCCUUUUCAGUCCAACAGAACCUGGAGGACCUUAUGGAGGUUCUGGAGAACCGCUGAUCCAAACAGAGAAGAAGUAGUGAGGAAAUGAGGACCGUUUGGAUAUCAGAAGGUUCUGAGGUCCGAUUUCUGGACUGAAAGCUGCUCCAGAGUCCAACCGAACCCCUUCAGAAUCGUUCUAGAACUCAGAGCGUUCGGCUGACCUGGACUCUGCUGUGAAGGUCCGAUCUGACCUCUGACCUGCUGGUUUCUGUUCCAAACAUGGCUGGUGCCGGUUCUGGAGGACGGUGAUGGUGCGUUUGUUGAGGAAGCUAACUCUGUUACAGGUUGCGUUCCCCUGCAGCCCGACCCGUUGGGUUCUGCUGGACCGCCGGCAGCGGCUUCAGAGAAACCGCUGACCUGUGACCUCGGCCCCUGUCGAAGGCGCUCUCUUUUUGCCAAUCAGUAGCAGUGUGUCCUCACUGGAAACGCUCACUGAUCACUGGAUGUGCCCUGUCUGAACGGUGCCGCAGACUGGAAACGUUCCAGUUCAACUGGGAGGAUUUUCAGGUUACAGCUCAUAAACUGUACAAUGUUGAUAAAGUCGAUCUGAUGAUGAAGCUGAGACGCUCCAAAGGUUUACAAACUCCUGUGAACAUAUCCACUUCCUGUGAGGCAAAAGCCGACUUUAUUCACCUUUAAUGUGACGUUUAUCCUGAAAGACUCACCUGGAACACAAACUAACUGCUUAGUGGGGAAAACAGAACCAAUAAAUCUGUAACAACCCAGUCAAGUUUACACACCCUCCAACUAGCAGGUUCUGGUCCAGUUCUAGCAUUCGGGUGAAUCUGAUGAACCUGAAGUAAAGUUCAGCUGGGAUCUUCCUCACAUCUGCUCAUGUUCCACAGGGUCUGACGGUUUAAAGGUAUCAGUCAGGAGAAGGGCACAGCACACUGAUCUGCUAGAAAACUGAAGGAUUUUAUUUUCCAUCAUCUCCGAGACACCAAACAUCCAGUCAGAACAUUUAAUGAAUGAUUUUAUGGGAGGAAAAUUACAUAGUUUUAGAACGGCCUAGUUAAAGUCCAGACUGAAAAUCAAUGAGCUGAAGAGGCAAGUGAAGAAUAGACUGGAGAACUUUUAUAAAGCAGGCAGAAUGACUCCCUGAAACCAAGACGGUUAUGUUGAGGAUGUGAAAACGUAUUCAUGCAGGUUUUCCAGGAUAAAUGUCACAUUAAAUGUUUCCAGAACUUUCACCGCUCGACGUCUCGCCACUACAGGAAGUGACUUUAACAGGGGUGUGAAAACUUUACAGCCCUGCUUUUAGAAAAGAUGACUAUUUCUGAAAACUAACAAACGAUGAUAGCAAAGGGGAACGUUCAGGUUGUUUAAUACAAAAAGAAAAAAUAAAUGUUAAAAAUAAAUGACAUAUGAACAGUUUUAGUGAGAUUUUUAUGUUAAGAAAUUAAAAAAUAUUUUAAACGUUCAGAAAAUUGGAUAAAAAUGUGAAAUCUGAAGAUUUUUAGUUACAUUUAGCUUCAGUUUCCUGUUGAAAUUGUUAAAAAUCUGAGCUGGAACCUGAUUGGCCGGCUGCCUGAGCGCCUCCAUUCGCUGAGGGUCAUAGGUCAUCAGCUCUGCGAUUCCUGCAGACUGGAAAUCAAAGCAACAGAAAUUCUGAGGAUGUAAAGGCCAAACAGCUGUCUGGUGUUUUCUACUGAAAUCAUUUUAUUUUUGUAGAUUUGAACCAACAAGCUCCGCUGGUUCUGCCGUCACAGUCACGCUCUUUGUAUCAGAAUAAACAUUUGUACCGGACCGAA